AUGACUACGAUGACCCGCAGGAACUUCAAGCUGAUAAAGACGGCUGUCGCGUUAUUCUGCGCGUGUGUGACUCUUACCUUUCUAUUCAACAACAGGCAGGAUGGCUAUCAGUCGACCAGAAAGUUGAUCCACGCCGGUCGGUCUCGCCUAGAGAAUGUGAUGUUUGAGCGGAUCAAAAAUGAGACUUUGGGGUUUCAGCAUAUUUAUGCCAUUGGCCUUAAGGAGCGCACAGACAAGCAUGAUUCACUCACAUUGGCCGCCUCGGCAACAGGGAUGAAUGUCGAAUGGCUGGAAGGCGUUCGGCCUGGCGAUGUAUCCCAAAAGGCUCUACCGCCGGGGAUGGACCAUCCAGAUAUCCCAUAUACAGCCGUUUUGUGCUGGCGUGCGCACAUGAAUGCAUUACGCAGCGUUGUCGACAACAAGUAUGCGACGGCUCUCAUCAUGGAAGACGAUGCAGACUGGGAUGUCACAAUCAGGCCCCAGCUGCGCGAGAUCGCCCGCGGAGUCCGGGAGCUCUCCAACAACCAACAGGCCUCGAGGAAAGAACCGUAUGGCACCAACUGGGACCUCCUCUGGGUUGGCGGGUGCGCCACUCUGCAGGGCAAAAAUGAAACUGAUCUGUACAUGAUACCCGACGACCCUACCACCCCCAGUCUCGACCGUCGUGGUCCGUGGGGAGGUCCCAUCGGGCCACACGAGGAUUGGAGAAACCAGCAUUCGGAGGUCUCUAUGGAUUCUACGCGAUUCGUCUACCGGGCAGACUCUGGCUGCUGCCUGUAUGGAUACGCGGUGACAUAUGAAGGAGCCCGCAAGAUCCUUGCGGCUCUUUCCCUGGAGCGGAGCGCGGAGGUAGACAAUUCGCUGGGCGAUCUCUGUGGAGGUUACUUCGGGCGGCGCCAGAUCCGGUGUUUCGGAGUGUAUCCGAACGUCAUUGGUACUUUCAAGCCGGCAGGGCCGAGCUCGCGUCAUUCGGACAUCCAGAACUAUAGUACAACAGGGUGGGUGGACGCGGCGUCGUUCAACAUGGUGUACAGCACGAGGAUGAACCUGCAGCGGCUGCUUGCGGGGGAGGAGACGGUGUAUUCGCAGUGGAACACCUCGUUUGUGCCAUGGUCCAAGAGCGAGGUCAAGCCGCGAGAGGUGCAGAUUCCGCGGGGGUAUUUGCUGCGGGGAUAG